GCGGCUGAAGGCGGGUCGAACGGCGUCCUCCCGCUGCGCGCACGGCGGAGGAGCAGCCUCCGCGUCCGGAGGGCUCACCGGGGCGGCGGAGGAGCUAUGACUGCGUUGGCGGGGUCAAUACCCAGGAUGAUGCGACCCACGCUGACUCAGAACUACCCCCGCAGCGGAUUCCCCCUGGAAGUUUCCACCCCGCUGGGUCAAGGCCGAGUCAACCAGCUCGGAGGAGUUUUCAUAAAUGGCAGACCUCUGCCCAACCACAUCCGCCAUAAGAUCGUGGAGAUGGCGCACCACGGCAUCAGGCCGUGCGUCAUCUCCCGCCAGCUGCGCGUCUCCCACGGCUGCGUGUCCAAGAUCCUGUGCCGGUACCAGGAGACGGGCUCCAUCAGACCGGGCGCCAUCGGAGGCAGCAAACCCAAGCAGGGAACCACGCCGGACGUAGAGAGGAGAAUAGAAGAGUACAAGCGGGAAAACCCGGGUAUGUUUAGCUGGGAGAUUCGGGAUAAAUUACUGAAGGAUGGGAUAUGUGACCGCAACAACGUUCCUUCAGUCAGCUCCAUCAGUCGCAUCAUGCGGAGUAAAUUCGGGGGAAAAGGCGACGAAGAGGAAGACGAGGAGGAAAUGGAUAAGAAGGAGUUGGAGGACAGCGACCGGAGGACCAAACACAGCAUUGAGGGCAUCCUGGGAGACAGAUCGAGUCACUCGGACGAGGGUUCAGACGUGGAGUCAGAGCCCGACCUGCCGCUGAAGAGGAAGCAGCGCCGCAGCCGGACCACCUUCACCGCGGAGCAGCUGGAGGAGCUGGAGAGGGCGUUUGAGAGGACGCACUACCCCGACAUCUACACCCGGGAGGAGCUGGCUCAGAGGGCCAAACUCACCGAGGCCCGGGUGCAGGUGUGGUUCAGUAACAGGAGAGCCAGGUGGAGGAAACAAGCCGGAGCCAAUCAGCUGAUGGCGUUCAAUCACCUGAUACCAGGAGGAUUCCCGGCAUCGGCCAUGUCCAGCAUCCCGCCCUACCAGCUCUCCGACAGCACCUACACCCCCUCAUCCAUCGCACAAGUAUCGGAGCCCCCUAGCACGGUGCACCGCCCCCAGCCCCUGCCCCCGUCCUCGGGCCACCAGUCGUCUGCAGGUGGAGGGCAGGGUGAAGGCGGCUCCGCCUACUGCCUCGCCUCCGGACGCCAUUCCUUCUCCGGGUACUCGGAGAGCUUCGUGGGCCCCGGAGGACCGAGCAACCCCAUGAACCCCGCCAUCGGGAACGGGCUCUCGCCACAGGUGAUGGGUCUCCUGAACCCCGGCGGCGUGCCGCACCAGCCUCAAAGCGACUACGCCAUCUCCCCUCUGACGGGCGGCCUGGAGCCCCCCGCCGGCAUGGCGGCCAGCUGCAGCCAGCGCAUGGACCACAUCAAGGGCCUGGAGGGCCUCAGCAGCGUCCCCUCCAUGUCAGCCCUGCCCUCCCUGCCCAGCUCCCAGUCCUACUGCACGCCGUCGUACAGCUCGCCGGGCUACACCGUCGACCACGUGGCGUCCUACCAGUACGGCCAGUACGGACAAAGUAAGGUGCCCUUCCUUAUCUGAGGCCCGAAAUCACCUGACGGACAUAUUUUGUGUGGGACACUCCUCAGACGUGGACCAAAUUUUUUAUUUUUCAAUGUUUUUUUUUUUUUGUUUUGUUUUUGUGCCAGGAUGCAUUCUUUCUGCUGCAGGAUAUUAGCCGUGUGGGGGAGAAAAUAAAGGGACCGCAGAAGGAAUAUCGAAGCAGCAAAAAGUGACUCAGAGUCGUCGAAAAUCUGUGGACUUGUCUCCGAACGGCCGGUGGAAGGAGCGAGUUUACACGUCCGAGCGCCACGUGAGCGCUUGUAAAAUUCCAAGUAUCUCCAAACGAAUCCCCCGAAUCGUAA